CCGCGACCUCAUCAUCUAUCCGUACCCUCCACCCUCUGCUACCCAACCCUUCCAGCAUGACCGACGCAUCUGCGCACCAACGAGAGCUGCGACGUCUGCAGGAACAGACCGCAGAAAUUCAUGCCCAGCUGACGACCUCCGAAAGAGAGUGGGCGCGCAAGCAGCCCUUCUUGGAGUCGCGUGGGUAUUUGCUCCGUUCGAGGUAUCGUCCAGGCUGGAUCCCCUCCUGGCGGAAGCCCAACUUUGUCGGCCGCAAGAAUCGAUGCGAGGACUGGGAUGCUUCACCUCUUGCUCCACUGAUUGAUGCGACGCGUCUGAGCGAUGGCCAGUUGGUGUACGUGAAACGAGUCACCACGGGUGACGAAGAGUCGCGGAUUGUAUCCAUGUUUUCCGCUCCUCCUCUUUCGUCGGAUCCGCGAAACCAUUGUGUUCCUGUCCUCGACCUGUUCCAAGAUGACGAAGAUCCGACCGUGUCCUACCUUGUCAUGCCGUUCUUGCGACUUAUGGACGAUCCACCAUUUCAAGUCAUCGAUAACAUUGUUGAUUUUGUUGACCAAAUACUAGAGGGUCUCGUCUUCAUACAUGAACACGGCGUCGCACAUAGAGACUGUGCCCUCAACAAUCUCAUGAUGGAUGCGCGUCCACUGUUUCCUCGUGGAUUCCAUCCCCUCCAGUUGCUAUCGCUUCCAGACCUGAGCGACCGCGCCCCUAUGCGUUCUCGCACUGAGGCUGCGGUCAAAUACUACUACAUCGAUUUUGGAAUCUCCGUGCACAUCCCCCCAAAUGUCCAUCCCAAGCUCAUCGUAGGCGAACUCGGUCGCGACCAAGAAGUUCCGGAACUCUCGUCCAAUGUACCGUACGAUCCAUUCAAAGUCGACAUCUUCAUCAUCGGCAACGUCCUCUUCACGGAGUUCUACGAUAAAUACUCCAACGUCGGCUUCCUCAGGCCAUUGAUCCUGUCUAUGACUGAACUCGACCCUCGCCGGAGGCCAGACGCUCCUGAGGCUCUCCGCCAGUGGCUCGAGGUCCGGAGACGCAUCCCGUCUCUGCAGCGCAUUGCCCGUCUGCGGGACAGGAAGGAGGUCUGGGCACAGAGUGCCCUGCUAGAUGUAUUCUCAUUUGUCAAGAUUUGCGUCAUGAUCUCGCGUCGUUGCUGGGAGCGUCUGAAGAUGAUGUUGAAUGCCUUGCGUUGGCUCGUCUGCUCUAAUUAGUGUCUUGCUUCUCUUUUUGCUUCAUUUUUGGAGUAUCUGUGUGUACUUAUUGGCUAUUGCUGCAUGCUAUACUGCCACGAGUUUAGUUUCCAUAUGAACCCAUAUUCGGGGGAAAUCGUGAUUUUA